UCGGCACCUUUUUUUUCACCAUUUCAUAACAAACUUACGGAGCCGUACAGUGAAAAAUGUUGUCGCGAAAUUUUCGUCCUAAUUUACUACGCAUAGGUCGCUAUGGCCAACGCGCGUUGGUCACCCGACCUCUUCCAAGCAAAGAGCACGAGUAUACGAAACAACCGCAAUACCCAGCCAUUCAGGAUUUGAGCUAUCCGGCCAAGAAGAAACGCGAACGACAAUCAUGGCAUCAGCGAGUAGCAAAGCUGAGUUCAGUAGAGGAGAAGCUGUUUGAAAUUAACAUGCCCAAAUACUACGGAUACAAAGCGAAUAUGCUGACGGAUGAGAAGUUUCCGUAUAACAUUAAACCUUUCGUACAGUAUGCGACAAGAACUAGCUUUCAAACAGGGUUACCCCAGUUCUAUGAUCCCCUUAAAGAGACAGCAACUAAAAUUUUGGCAACCAUACAAAACGAGCUAGAGGACACGAUUGCAUUUCAACUUUCAAGCUACAGUCAUUUAAUGUGCGACGAAAACGUUUCUGCUAUGGAGAAAGAGGAAAUGGUCACUAGAUCCUUGUUGAUGCAGCUGAAUCGGACCAUAGUCAAUGCACUUGCUCCAGAUUAUAGUCAUUUAAGUGAGAUUGAAACAGAUUUCGAUCCACGUCAUGAAGCAUUUUGGUUCCUGGGAGGCAUUUAUCCCCCGAAGCUAGUACGAAAAAUCAAGGAGAGCAUCGAAUGGCAGAAACAAUAUGCUGACGAUCCGUACGAUCGGAAUAUACAGUACGUGGGUAAACCGUACCUGGCCGUAAGACACAAACAUCUGCUAGAACCCUUGCUGUCGAAGGAUUUAGACUCUCUGGACGUUAAGCAGGAUGACUGCGAAGUACCGGACUACCGAUACGAUCCGCUAGCUUUGGGAUAUAUCACAGACUUCCGGCAUGCUACAACAGUGCCAGGAUUUUGGCCCGGUGAUCAGCAUGAGUUUGGAUUGAUGUCGUUUCAGCGACGAACUCACGCCCUGGAACGCCAUAAGUACUGUGCGUUGAACGAUCUGAAUGAAGCUAUCCAUGCCCAAGGAAUGUUGUCCAGCUUCGCUUGGUUGCUUGGUCAGGCCUGCUAUCAGGGCUUCUCCGUGUUUAACGAUCUAACAUACCCCUUAGUCACCCAGACGGUUGUAACCGAUGGCAAAAACUGGUCAUUUUAUGCGUAUCAGCUUAACACGACGCUACUCCAUUCGGAUCAAGUUGACGUAAACAAUCGCUACAAUCUGUGCUGGGGCACAGACGCUUUACAACUGUAUGAAGCGAUCGACGAGAAUGGUAAAAUGAUCGGCCUUAACAGCGAUGUCCUGCUACAAUUGAUCAUGUUCUACAUUAAUGCACCAAAAGAACGCGCGGAACUGAAUCUAAAGCCAUACCUGUGCCCGACGGAAACGCGAGUCGCAGAUAUUGAGGAUGAAAAUCGGCGAAUGUUCAUGGAGCAAGCGUACAAGCACUUGGUAUCGAAUCGUCCCCGUCACCUGUUGGUGCCAGAAGUGUACCAAUGGGAAAAAAUCUACAAGAUUGACCAUAAAACACGCCCGAUGGAUGCUAAACGUAGACCGUUCGAAUUUGGCGAAAAUAUGUACAAUCGACGGUUGGACGAGCACGCACCGAAAUACAUUCCACGUGCUGUGCGUCCAGGUGGCCCGAAGAGUAGGCCAAAGUUUGAAGCGACGUACUAUCCCAAUGUACGAAGGCAAUGA